CUUGGAACCCUCCGACGGUGGCCGUGUCGAAGCCAUACUGACAAUUGGCCAUGGAGACUGCCAAGCAGAUCAAAAGGCAUUUGAGGUUCGCCUUGAUGGGCGUCACCCUCUCCUUGCUGAUACCCAUGGCUGUUGCUUAGGUAUUGGAUCUGACGAGACGCCAGACGUGCAAUGGUUAAAGUCUUCGUUGUAAAGAACUGGCCUUUCUGACUCCCUGCGCCGCCAAAAGUGGGCGAGAAGGAUUUGAAGGAAAUAUAACAGGACCGCCCUCAUACUGUCUGCAAUGUGGACGCCGCAUAUCUUCCCCGCAAAAUGGGGCAUUUCGUGGGUCAAUAUACAUAUCUGGGGUUGAUGCUGGGGAGGAAGAACGCAGUUGGACGACAGAGACAAAAAGCCCCUGCAUGGACAAGAAGCUAUAAGGUGGCACACAUUCUUGGCCUUGGGGGAGCUUGAUGGACCAUCCCGCGCUCUGGUUGCCUGUCCUCAACUCCGGCGCGACUUCCAAGAAAUCAAGGGCGGAAUCUCCUCAGAGCAAUGGAUGUGCCGAACAAUCUGCCAAGAGUUCCAAGACGACUUGCCAGAAGCUUGUCGGGGUAGGAGAGUGCCGUGCCAACCGGAUGCUGCCCUUCACCACUCUUUAUAUGUCGACCGCUGUCUCUUGCCAGAGUAUGGCCCCGCAGAAUAGUCUGACCUCGGGUUUCUCGAGAUGGUCAGGCGGUGAUAUAACAAUAACCGAGCAAGAGCAGGACCCGUCGUAAGAGAACGCGCUGCGUGCCACGAGCGUGAGGGGAACAUGGGGAUCAGCCAGUUUCAAGGGGACCUUUGGCGAAGCCGGAUCUGCUUGGCAGUUCAAGCGAUGCAAAUCCCUCGG